AUGAAAAUGAAAAGAAUUCUGGCAAGCACAACUAUUCAACCAAAUGCAAAAAAAAGUACAAUGACACAAAAUCAAAAUAAAAUACAAUCAAACUCAAUAUCAUCGACAAAUAAUACAAAUGAAAUUCAUGCAUCUACUAAUUUCUCAACAAAUGAUUCUAUUAAAAGAACACCAAGUGGAAGAUUAUCAACAAAAGAAAUUUUGCCUCCAAUAAUGCCGAAUAAAUCACAACUAUAUGAUGAAAACGAUCAAGACGUUCAAGUAACUACAGAUAAAUCUUUUCCAUUAAAAUUAUUUGAUGGAAAAAAACAAUCACUUGAUGAACUUAAUGCGGAAUCAAUGACAUAUAUAUGGUUAAGACGUUUUAAAGAAAUCUUUUUACAUAUGAAUGAUGGUGAAGAUGAUCAUGAUGAAGUUGAUUCAUUUGUUGAAUUUGAUUUAAAUCUGGCUAAAAUAGAUUUAGCAAAUACUUGUGAUCGAUAUAUUGAAAAUGAAAGAUUUAUUUUAGCUAAACAGCAGAAUAAUGCUGAAAAUAAAGGAACUUGUCAAAAAUCAGAUAAAUAUGUUGAUAUCGAAAAAGUCAAAAUUGAUCUGAUAAGAAAACAAGAAUGGGAUAUGAAGAAAUUAUAUGCAGAAGUUUUUAAAAUGUCUUAUAAACAUAAUCCAUUACGAACUGAAACUGAUCAGGAUCAAUUAAAGCCAACACAAACAGGGGAUGAUCAACCAAAUUUUAUUAAUGCGAUAUGGUGGUAUUCAUGUGAUAAAGCAAGUAUUUAUUAUCAAAUUAAUUCUAUUGUACGUUUGGAAAAUUUUGAAUUAUUAAUGUCAUAUCGUUAUUACCUAAGUGAUCUUUGUCGAUCAAUUGAAUUUAUGUAUCGACAAAAAUUAAAAGAAGAAGGUGAUAUUGAACGAAAAUUUUAUCGAGCAGAUAAUAUUAAUGAAAAUCAAUUAAAAGUGAUGUGUAAACGACAAAAAGCUCAAUUUAUAUCAUUACUUGGAUUUAUUUCAACAACUUCUGAUAUUGAUAUUGCUAAAGGUUAUGCGCAAAAACAAAGAGUUUAUGAAGGAAAUGUUCGAGUUUUGUUUAUUAUUACAGUUAAACCUCAUGUUCCAUGUACUGCAUUUGCUUAUAUUGAUCGUAUUUCAUUUCAUCCUGAAGAGAAAGAGGUACUUUUUAGUAUGGGAUCUUCAUUUGUUGUUGAAGAAAUUCUUGAACCAGCUAAUGGUGAAAAUUAUUAUCGACUUCAUUUAACAGCGUGUGAAAUUGAUAAGUCUCUUGUUGAAGAUAUACGUAUUAAAGUCGGAAAUUGUUCACCAUCAGGUCGUGCUGUACUCUUAGCUCGUUAUCUUGUCGAAUUAGGAGAAUAUCGAGCAGCACGAAAAUAUUUAACAUCACUUUUAACUCAAGCUGGUCUUAAAGGCGUUUUAACAAAUGAUAUUAGUCUUGUUAAUGUUUACAAUUGUCUAGGUAUGACUUAUGACCGGCAAGGUCUUCAUAAUGAUGCAUUGAAAGCAUUUAAACAAGCACUUAAUACUCAGGCACGUCUUGAAUAUUCGAAUAAUAAUGCUUUAGCUGAAAUUCAUAAUAAUAUUGGAUUAUCUUAUGUAGGAUUAGGUCAUAUGGAUGAAGCUGAAGCUAUGUUUACAAAAGCAGUACGGAUGCAAUUACGUGAACCGAAAUCAAAUCAACAAUAUCUUGCAUCAAUUUAUAGUAAUAUUGGUUAUGUUCAUUAUAAACAAAAAAAUUAUGAUGAAGCUGAAAAAAUAUUUAAAAAAGCCGAAAAACUUUAUCAACAAAAUACAAAUCGAAUAGUACACGAUGCAUUAGAAUUAUCAUUGAUGAAAGCAGAAUUUUUAACUAAUUAUGGACGUUUAUUAAGUGUUCAUAAACGUUCAACAGAUAAUCGUAAACCUGAAUAUUUUUAUAAUGAAGCAUUGAAACUUUAUAAAAGUAUUUUAUCUGAUGGAGAUCCAAAAUUAAUGCAAACUUAUAUUAAUAUAAUGCUCACAUUUGCACAAAACAAAUCUUAUAAUGAAGUUACAAAAUGUUUCAAUGAUCCAACUGUACAAAAGUUAAUUGAUAAACAAGAUAUGAACAUGUUUGAAUUAAAUAGUUCAAUAACACAAUCGACUCUUGGAUCUCUCUAUGAACUUAUUGGAGCAUGUUAUGCAUCACAAGAUCAAUAUUUUCAAGCUAUUCGAAUAUGGAAAGAUGCUUAUAUAUUUGAACGAAAAGCAAAAUUGGAAAAAUUAUUACUUGUUACGACAGAUAAUAAUUCAUCAAUUUUGUCAUCUGAACAUAAUCGUUUUAUUCAUGAAUGCUAUCGAAAAACUAUUCAUUUUUAUAUCAAAUUAUCAAAUGAAAAUCAUCAAGCAGAAGAAUCACAGUUUUCUUCGAAUUUUUGUUUGGGUCUUUUAUAUGUUAAACUACAUAAUCAUCAUUCUGCUAUUGAAUGUUUAAAAAAAGUGACAACAACACAAUUGAAAUCUGAUGAAGAAAUUUUAUCUUUAGCACAUUUACUUUUAUCAGAUAUAUCUCAACGACGACAACAUAAUCAAGAUGCAAUUAAUCAUUUCGAUAAGUCAAUUCAAUUUAUUAAAAGUCAAGAAGAUCCUGUAUUCGAAAUACAAAUUAAAUUAUCUCGAAUUGAUUGUUAUGAUAAUGAUGAACUUAAAAUUAAUGAAUUACAAAAACUCAAACAAUCAUUAGGACUUUAUGGUUCCGAUACAAAAUAUAUUUGUUUAAAAGUAAUCAUUCUCGAUAAAUUAGCUUGGCUUUGUUUGAUAAAAGAACAAUAUAAAUCAUUUCAAUAUGCAACUGAACAAUCGAUUUCAUUAAAACGAAUUAGUUUAUCACAAUAUCAUCCAAGUUUGGCAAUUAAUUUCAUCUAUCGAGCAAAAAGUUAUGUUCAACAAGCAGAACAAUUAUCUGGUGAAAGUUCGGAUAUAACAAAUAUUCGUCGAUCACAUUAUCGUGAAGCAUUAUUAUCAUAUGAAAGAGCAUUAGAAGUUUAUAGUUUAAAUUUAUCACAAGAUCAUAUUGAAGUUAAAAGAAUUUAUUAUUCUAUUGGAAAUAUUCUUUGUGAUAUGGAUGAAUUAUCAAAAGCUUUAGAAAAAUAUAAUCUUGCUGAGAAUACAUACUCAGAUUCUGAUCAAAUUAUCGCACAAACAAAUGAUGGAGAUAAUACAUCGGAAUCAAAUGAUACUUGGAUGGAUCAAGGAAGUAUGCAUCAACAUUUAGCAGAAUAUUAUGCAAGAAAAAAACUAUAUAAAGAAGCGAUUUCAGAAAUAAAUGAAACAAUUCAUUUAUAUAGUGGACAAAUUUCAUCAUCUACCUUUAAUAAUACUAAAUAUGAUAUGUCAUUUAUUCUUGAAAGUCUUCGACAUCUUGCACAAUCUUAUACAUAUUUAGGUGAUACAUUAGGUAUGCUACAAAAUGAUGAUGAUGGAUAUUUUGUAGCACUUGAUAUUUAUAUGAAACUUGUACCAUAUGAUAAAUCGUUAGAGAAAAAGGAGGCUUUACUUUAUGGAAAAAUUUCAAAUUAUUAUGAAGAUCUUGGUGAUCAUGAUGAUGCACUUCAAUCAUUUCAAAAAGUCAUUGACCUUGAAGAACCGACAAUUAUAUCUUUAUAUAAACUUGCUCAUCUAUAUCAUCUAUGUCAUCAACCUAAUGAAUCAAUUAAAAUCUAUAAAAAAUUAUUAUCUCAUUCAUCAAUUGCUGAAAGUAAAGAAUUUCAACAUAUUAUACAAAAAAAGAUGGAUGAAACUUUCAAAUCUGCUGAUAAUCAGUAUUUAGAAUCAAAGACAUCCAAUCUAAAUACUAAUUCAAUUAAUUCAUCAAAAGAUCUUCAACAAAAUCUUGAUUCACAGAAAAUACAUGAUAUCAGCAUCAUCAAUUCAAUUAUUUUAUUUGAUGAUCGAUCUAUGGCUGAUGCUUAUCUAAAAUUUGAAGAUUAUGAUAUGGCUUUGAAAUUCUACGAAAAAGAUGUUGAAACACGCAUUCGAACGAUAUCAAAUGGAAAUAUUUUCAAAAAUGAUUUAGAAAAAAUCGAUCAAACAUCUUAUACACAUAAUCAACAGAACAUAUUACCAAUUUUACCCGAACUAUUUCUAUCUUUAGUCGAGGAGAUUCGAAAAAUCAUUAUUCUAACAGAUUCUCCAAUAGCAACUUUGGUUGAUUCGUUAAUUCAAAGUGGUUCGAUUCAUCUUCGAUUUUUGUCUUAUCUUAAAGCUAUUAAAAACUAUACCAUAGCAUUUGGUUUAUACGCUUCGGAGUCAUUCAAUACAAAUAAUCCAUCAAGAAAGACAUUUCUACUUGAUAUGAUGAGCAAUAUUUUAAAAGAUUUCAUUUCUUGUCAAUUAAAAUCGAAAAAAAUUAUUCAUAUUUAUCAUGAAUUAUCAUUACCGGAACAAGCAAAUCAUAUGUCUUUGAAAUUAUUUACUAUGAAUCAUGACAAUGAAUUGGAUGAUAUUGACGAUGAACACAGUAUUAAUGGGAAUAACUAUGAUUCUCGUUUAGCUGCUAUACAACAUUAUAAAUCAUUAUUAACAAAUACUGAUGAUAUCGAUUUGAAAAGUGUAUGUUAUUAUAACAUAUUACGUAGUUAUAAGCAUCAUUUACAUCCUGAUCAAGAUAGUAAAGACAUUAUUCAUCAUUUGAUUCAACAUUUACCAAAAUUUCAUGUACUUGAUCGACGUCUCUUAAUUGUAUUAGCUAUGGAUUUCUUGAAUGAAUAUGACAAACAUAAUAUCGAUCAUAAUUAUGAUCAACAAUGGCAUUUAUUAGCUAUUGGUAGUCUUAAUCAUCAAUUAAAGGAUGAAGACGAAUCAUUUAUCGGAGCUUUUCUUUUAAAAAUUGGUAAUUUGACAGCAGCAGAGACUUUUUGGCGUUCGAUUAUCAAACUAAUUGAGAAUACAUUAUCAAGUCGCAUUUUAGAACUUCUAUAUGAUUCUGAUACAACACUCAAAGAAAUUAUUCAAGCAGCUGAACAUUUAGAAUGCGAUAACAAAAUAUUAUGCGAUCGUUUGGCUACUGCUUAUGAAAAAUUAGCUGAUUAUUUCGUAGACAAUGCUACGAAUAACAACAAUACCGAUGGAGAACUAUUAAGGAAAGCAAAGAUUACGUAUAAAAAGGCGACCGAUCUGUUGGAACAAUUAAAUACUGACAUGAAUCGUAUUAAUGAUUUAAAAAUAAAACAAAAAAAAUUAGAAGAAGGAACAUGA